ACUGGGUCGUCCUCUCGGGCCGUGGUGUCGGGUUUCACCGCGAGCAGGCAUGAGAGUAGGAGCGGUCGAUUGCUUCAUUCAUUUUCUGACAAGAGUAGCGCAGCGUGUGCCAAUGCAAAGUAGGCUACACUCAACCCCGCUGGUUAACAGUAGCUAGGCGCUUACUUUGGUAUGAUAUUUUGGCGGUGAGCGAUGGAAAUGAAAGACUCGUGUAGUGUAAUUUUAACAGCAUACCAUUCAUACGCACAGUCCAGGAUACAUUUGGUGGAUGAGGGCUAUGCGCCUCCAAGACACUCUCCUUGCAGGAAGGUGCAGUACCAGGGCAUAGACCUACUAAGCAGGAUGAGUUCUAGGGGGACCAGGCCCUCUCCCCCUCCCAGCCCACCGGAGCGGCCGGCAUCACGGGACUCCCAGGACUCCAUGGAGGACUACUGGAGCGAAGUGAAGAACAUUGAGGAAGAUGGCCAGCGGGGCCACGAGGACUUGCUGGAGAGGGGCAGUAUGGACGAGGCGGAGCUUGAGGAGGCGUGGCUGCAGGAUGCGGGUCUUUCCACGCUGGUGUCGGGGGCGUUGGGGGAGGGGCCUGCGGAGGCGCUGCUCUCCACGCUAACGCGCUCGCAGGCAGCCAUGGUGAAGAAGCGUGUGGAUAAUUACACCCUGACCGUGAGGAAGAGGAGCAAGCAGCCGACUAGACACGUCCGAGACAUCUUCUCCACGCCAGACACAUCGCCAGUUGAUCCCAUACCCCCUGUUCCCCCCAAGUCACCCAAUGGAGACAUGCCUUCCAGAUGCGUCCACCGGACGUCUUCUAGAGUGCGGCCUGCGUGUCCCAGCUUCUCCCAGAGCACAGAGAGACGUGUUUCAGAGUGCCCUCCCUGCCCACCACCUCAGGACACCUCUGACUCCCUGUCUUUCGAAGUGCCCUACUCCGAGGGCACCACUGCCCACCACAGGGGCCGCCAGGGGGACUGCCUGGACUGCCAACGCAUCCGCAGAGAUGACCAUGACCUGCCAACAUUUCAGCUGCCCAGGCCUAAACUAGGCCUCACCCGCAUCCAGGACCUGUCUUGUGAGGACAUGAAGAAGAUCGGCUACAUCUCUUUGAUUGAACUGACCACCUUCUACGACGGCCUGGGCAUCGAGCUCAAACGCAACCGAGCGGCACGUAGCAAGGCCAGAGAAAGUGGUAUAUUUGGAGUUCCCCUGACCACUCUACUGGAGAAUGACCAGAAGAAGUUUCCUGGGUCCAAGGUUCCUCUUGUGUUCAGAAAGCUCUUGUCCAAGCUGGAGCAGACAGGACUACAGACUGAGGGGAUUCUCAGAGUACCAGGGUCUGCCUCCAGAGUAAAGCAUCUGCGCCAGGAGCUGGAGCAGAAGCUCUAUGAGGACCGGUUUGACUGGGAGCAGGUGAGGCACAAUGACGCAGCGGGUCUGCUGAAGAUGUUCAUCAGAGAACUGCCUUAUCCUCUGCUCACGCUCCAGCACGCUCCUGCCUUCUCCGCCGCACAGAAUAUCUCCUCUCCCAGACAGCAGAUCCAGGCCCUGCACCUCCUCAUCAUGCUGCUACCUGAGCCCAACAGAGACACACUCAAGGCGCUGUUAGAGUUCCUGAGGAAGGUGGUUGCCUAUGAGGAGAAGAACAGAAUGGGUCUGUGGAACGUGUCCAUGAUCGUGGCUCCCAAUCUCUUCACCUACCGGGGCAAGAACGCCAAACAGGAGGAGAUACAGGGCGCAGCAGGGGCAGCCCACCUCGUACGGCUACUCAUCACAUACCAGGACCUGCUCUGGACCGUGCCCUGCUUUCUCAUCUCCCACGUGAGGAAGUUAAAUGAGGCUGGUGCCAGCAAGAAGCCGCCCAGCUCAGAGAAGACCAAGAGGAAGCUGCUACUGAUGAGGAGGAAGACCACUGAACGAGAGAAGACUGAGAGGAGCGGGCUCACUGACCUCCGACAAGGGGUCAUCAGGGUUCACGCCCCACUACACGCCAAGAUCUCCAUGGCGAUCCAGCUUGACAACGAGACCAAGGCCAAAGACGUUAUGGCGCGCUUCGAUUACGAGAACGGUCGUGGCACCAGAAACACUAGCCGGAGGCCACGUCAGUAUUUGUUUGAGGUCGGAGGAAACAUAGGUGAACGCAGCUUGGACCCUGAGACUCACCUUCUAGACGUGUACCACGUGAAUCCCCACUGCGAAUGGGUCUUAAAACCCACAACCACAUGAGAACUGAGGAAUCACUCACUCAACACAGAGCACAAGCAGACUGAACCACUGCUCUCUUGAGGUCAUCCUGGUGAACUGACCAUGCAUGGGGGCCUGGUUGAAUUGAGGUUCCAACCCCAACUACAGACCACUAAAAAGAGAGACAGCACUUAAAAAGGGACGAUGGAGAGGUACAUUCUCCUGCUGAAGGACAGAUGUUCCUGUUUUGUGGGAUUAAACCUUUUUUAAACAAAUUACUAAAAAAAGGACGGAACCACUGUACUCUGAAAAUCCGGGUUCUGUAUGGAAGUAUUUGGAGGAGGGACAGCUUUGUGAAGACGUGCCACACACGUGACCAACAACAUACUAUUUCUGGACAUUCUAAUUGUUUGAUGCCAAAUAUGUGCGCAGCAAGGUUCACCCACUACAGAGGCCAUGGACACAGUAACAGACAAGGAUGGGUCCGAUAAUCAAAUGUUUACCACUUCAUGCAAGACCCAGUUAACAUAUUUUCUAUAUUUAUACCACUAAUUGAUCCUGUUUUUAGUAUUGUCACACAUACUACAUGUCAUUUUGUAAUUGCAGCAUGUUGAUUGCAAAACCAUUGUGAGUGAGGAGGUUCAGGACAUGUGCAUGAUGGGAAGGAACAAGCAGAGAUGGGAUGAUCUUAUACUGAAUACAGACAUUGUUUCCAUCUCCAACGUUGAAACAACUUCCUUUUCAUGGUCUCUGAUCAGGACCAGGCAGGUGAUAACAAUUUAGUGAAAGCCUAUCCAGUCCCUUCACCUGUCAGUGGUCAUGAAGGAAACGUGAUGAGGAGAGGAAGCUGUGUCAGAGUAUUGAAACACAGCCCCACAUCAGAAACUUUGAACAAGGAUUCCAACCAUUGUCAAACCCACCUUCUCUGCUUUCUGGGUUUGCAUGUUGAACACUUAAACCUCUCCCUCCUAAUACAUCUCCUCACCCCAAUGGACUGUAAAUGUGAAAACCAUGUACACACUACAGUAUGACUUAACACACUCAACCAAUCCUGUGUCUAGUCUACAUAAGGGACUUGCAUUACAUGCCUGGAGAGUGUUUACAAUACAUCCUCUAAUGAAGAAGAGAAAAGGCCAUGAAAAAAGGAGCUUCAUAGCAGUUUGCCUGACAUGCUUCCAAACUGAUUUUACUUUGUUUCACUUCAAACCACAGUGUUCAGUCUGUUUUAACCAGGCUAGUCUUUGUCUGCUUACAGUGUUUGAACUUGCCCUGAAAGUAAACAUUAUUCACAUGUAUGUACAGUAUGUACUGUAUGUAUGUAUGUAUGUAUGUAUGUAUGUAUGUAUGUAUGUAUGUAUGUAUGUAUGUAUGUAUGAGCCCAACCAACCUCUCUCCACUUUGUUCUGGGUCGUUCCACCAACUUUGUGCCUUUUGAGAAGUGUAACUUAGUCAAAAAUAUUGAUUUCACCCAAUUUGAAUAUUCUGUCAUAAAGAGCACAUGUUAAACUUAAUAAAAAAACUGUUUUCCCAUCAAGGUAAAAUAA